UGUUCUGUGCCGUCUCAACGACAAUCUAAUCUCGGCAUCGCAAUGAAACAUGCAGGUGGCAGGACUACACCAAAGAUAAUUCAGUUGAUCAGACAAGCCCAGGGGCUUGACCCAGAGGAAGAAUCCAUUCUCAAGAAAUUAACACCCCAUGUUCCAGGUGUGGUAACAUUUGCUGAUCACAACAAACUUCUGCCAUGGACAACAGAGUACAGAUCUGUUCUGGUCUUUGCAGACAUUUCAGGUUUUACGUCACUCUGCGAACGGUAUGCUUCCAUGGAAAAGUCUGGUAUCGACCAACUGACAAAGAACCUAAAUGACUACUUGGGAGCCAUGGUGGACCUUAUAUUGAGAGCAGAUGGCGAUGUGCUUAAAUUUGCUGGUGAUGCUAUUUUGUCACUCUGGAGAGUCAAUACACCCAAGGAUUUAUUAAAUGUAGUAGAAAAGGUCAUCAGAUGCUGCCUGAACAUUCAGAAGAAUUGUGGAGAAUGGAAAACUGAUAUUGGAGUUAUCCUUACUGUAAAACUAGGUAUAUCUGUGGGAAAUACACUGGUCACCUUUCUUGGCAAUGACACAUUCCGAAUGUACGUAGAAAGGGGGCAACCAGUGACUGAUGUCAACACUGCGGAGAGCUUCUGUAAAUCCGGAUACAUUGUUCUUUCCCCAUAUGUAUGGGAAAUCUGCAGGAAACCUCUGUUCACGUUUGAAGUACUGGAAGAUGGCGAGCACGUGAGGGUAUUAUCCAUGAAGGACGAUUUUAACCUAUUGGCUCCAACCAUAGAAAUUACUCCUGAUGACGAGAGAGAUGACACUGAAUCUGUUGCUGCACCUACAAACUAUCUUACAAAGUUUAAGGGUCGGAAACUUUCAGUUGGAUCAUCAGCCAAUAUAAAGAUUAUGGCAAAUCGUUUACAGAGUAAGGUGAAACGCCCAGCCAUGACCGAUGGAGCGUCUACAUCUGAUGUUGCUGUCACUAGUGCCAGUCCAUAUUUAUUGACUGUUGAACCCACAAUCACUUCACCGGCAACCUUUCCAUCUUUGAACUCUGUUACUUCAAAAGAAACCAUAAACUUAGUGACACCAUCCCUUGGUGAUAACUCAAGUUUACCAAACCAAUUAAACGUGGUACCUACAAACAUUAAUAACUCAAAGACGCAUCAGUCUAUAUCAAAUCCACUCACCACUCAGCAGUCAUCACCUCAGGCCAACAAAGGCUUAGCCAUGGGAAGACUUGCAAAAUUACGGAAUGUGGCUAAACAAGUAGCACAGUUAAAGUUGGACCAGUCCCUUCGGCUCUAUGUAUUGUCACCUGUAUUAAGAAAGAUAGAUGACAACCAGCCAUUGGAAUACCUGUCUGAGAUGAGGAAAGUGUCAAUUGCCUUCAUGAACUUAGUUCUGAAUGAGGACUUUGAUGCCACUAUUCUGCUACAACAAGUGUUUGACACAGUGUAUUUACAGUCCAGCAUCAUGCAUGGGUGUUUGAACAAGGCUUUUCUAUUUGAUAAGGGUUGUACAUUUCUGGUAAUCUUCGGACUUCCUGGUUACAAACAUGAGAGAGACUGUGCUCAUGCUCUGAUGUGUUCCUACAAAAUGAGGAAAACCUUGGUCAAAAUUGAAGGUGUGAAAAAUGUGUCAAUCGGUGUGACUACAGGAACAACUUUUUGCGGUGUAAUUGGACACAAAAAUAGACAUGAAUACUCAGUGAUUGGGAGUAAGGUAAACAUGGCGGCACGCCUGAUGACACACUAUCCAGACAAGAUUACGUGUGAUGACAACACUUUCCAGUUCUCUCGACUGCCGACUAACAGCUUUCAGGUACUCAUCACCAAACGCAUGAAGGGACUCCGCAAUAUUGGGCUCAUCCGAGAGUACACAGAAUCUGAUGCAGUUAUUUCUGAACACCUCAAUAGUGUGACCAGGUUCCAGUAUCCAUUGCUAGGACGGAUAUAUGAAAACAAUGUCUUCUAUAAAGAGUUAUGCCGUCUGACAGAGUUGGAGAACAGUGGAAGCUACACCGUCUGUCAACACUUUGUCUUUGUUGGAGCUGCUGGAAUAGGCAAAACACGUCUCUUAGAUCACCUCAUUGUCAAGGCAGAAAAAACUGGCACCAGAGUCAUAUCCUGCAUGCUAAAGCUUGAUAAUCUGUUUGACGCCAACUUUCUUGCCAAAUAUAUCAUAUUGACACUUCUGAACAGUGCUGGCUUCUCCUACCAAGUGAACAAAGAACCUUUAUUGAUGGAUAGUCUCAAAAGAGCAGGGUACAUACCUGCUCUUCACAAACUGAAUAAUAUCCUCUCCUCAAAUAUGUUCGAGACGGAUAGGUUUGGGGAUGGAAGGGUUACGGUGUGGGGAGGAAUCUCACAUGGAGUUAAAUCACCACUGGUUGUGGUAGCGGAUAUUUUAACUGCUGCUAGGUAUAGAGAUGAGAUCAUCCGACCUCAUGUCCAAUUAUUGCAGCAAAGCAACCUCACAUUCCAGCAGGAUAAUGCUCCGCCCCAUUGCAUUGAAAAGUUAGGUGGCGCUGUGAUUGCCCUUGAUGAUGCUCAUCACAUUGACCCCAAAUCCUGGAUGUUUCUGCUGCUUCUCAUCAAUGUUCCAGGAGUCAUUGUGGUCAGCACAGUCAGACCACUGGCAGUCGAGGCACCAUCUUGUUCAGCUGCAUCAGAAUUCUUUGACUGCAAGAUGGUGAAGCUGCUGGAUAUUGCUGGACUUGAAAGUAAAUUUAUGACGGCUUUGGCAUGCCAGCUUAUGGAGGUCAGCAGGAUACCAAAGGAGCUGGAACGAAUGUUAAGAGAGAUGACCCAUGGUGUGCCAUCCUGGUGUGAACAGUUACUAGUGGACAUGGUAGAAAAGAAACAAUUGACUAUUCUGCAAUACAGUGGUCAUUUUAAACACUUUGAGUCAAUGGUGGCACCUCCCAGUCAAUUUAUCCGUCGUCUUGACACGGAUGACGAUACAAGUGAUCUGGACUUAAGGCAGUGCAACAAAAUCUUCUGCAAAAGUUCCUCUAUCAUCUCGCAGAAAUCUGAGUCUGGCCACAACAUGUUAGCAGAUUUGGGUUUUAUUCAUAGAGAAAUCCCUCUUAGUCCUGAUGAGGAUAAGGAAAAUAAUUCAAAGAUUGAAAGAGUUGCUGUAUUUUCUCCUGGAAUAAAUCCCAAUGAGAUUCAGGUGCCUGAAUCUAUGAAAGAACUUAUCAUGACGAGGAUAGAUUCCAUGAGAGCUUCUGAACAGUUAAUUGUGAAAUGUGCUGCUGUACUUGGGACGAGUUUCUCCCGGGACAUGGUAGAGACAAUCCUUCCUCGAGUACAGAGAGUGAAGGCAAGGAAGUGCUUCAAACAGCUUGCCUACAAUGGAAUAUUUGAGUGUGCAAACAUACCAGCAGGACGGUAUAAUCAGAUGAUGCAGGGACGAGAUGACACAAUAUCAUGGGACACUUGUUACUGUGUUAAAGAAGAGAACUUGUAUGUGCAGGAUUUGUGCAAUAAAAUGCGUUUUCGUAAUGCUUUGAUACAACAGACUGCUUAUGAAAUUUUGAUGGAGAGCCAGAGACUUGAACUCCAUGCCAAAGCUGCAGAGUAUUUGGAGAAACAGGCUGAUAAGUACAGGUCAAAGAUUCCCUACUACUUACUGGGAAGAAAUUCAGCAAACAGCGAAAAGGAGUUGAUAGGAUCAGAUAUCGCAAUAAGAAAGGCAAGAUGGAAAAAGAGAAGUUCACGUGUAGAGGAUAUAAGCAGCAACCUGUAUCAACAGACACGUGGGAGACGUUUUGGGUUUUCCCUGGAUACUGAUAAGCGGGAUCCCUUGGUGCAAGUUCUUAGGGAACAGUUCUCACUGAACCAGACUACAGACGAGAUGAUUGAGUGCCUGCUGCCCACCUAUAAAAUGAUAAUCUACCAUUGGAAGGCAGCUAAAUGUUACCAGAAUCUAGUUGAGCAGCUCCUGGAAGCCGCAUCAGCGACAGUUGUGACUUGCAAAGCUGAACAGGCAAUGGACAUGAUGGAAGAGGUUGAUUCAGUGCUGAAGAAAAUGGAGGAAGACAAGCAGACAGGUCCGGAGUCCCUCGUUAUACUUAAGUCCAGAGCAAACAGACUUUGGGCUAAGACAUUCCAGCUAGUUGGACGAGAGGAGCAGUGUUAUACCUGCCUAAAAGAAGCAGCAAGAUUAGUUGGUUUGAAACAACCCGAUCGCAUGACUGGCGUCAAAUUGAAAAUGAAAUUUCUCAAGCUGAAAAUGUUCUUCAUACGGAAUAGAGACGCACGAAUGUUACCUGCCAGCAAGUCGACUAUUGAACAGUGUUACUGUCUACUGGACCUUUAUAGUCAUUACCAGGAGAAUGACAACACUCAGUCAAUGGUUCUCUGUGCCUUGUUACACCUAUCAAAGAUCCUUAACAGGAUUCCGCUUCUUCACCAGGUGGUGCAAGGGUACUAUGUUGUGAUGAAAUACUAUAAGAGUCAGAAAGACAAAAACAUGGAAAUCCGACUUGGACUGGAGCUCAUUGAAAGGUGUAUAGGUCGUUACAAAGAGUUGACUAAAAGUGACUGUGUCCUUAUGUCCCAAGUAUACUCUGACCUCUGCACUUUAAGUCUGGAGACGGGCAACGUCACUCAGGCACUGAACAUGGGUUUCAGCUGCAUCGAUUUGUCUAAGAAUCUCAGAGAUGACACUAUCAAAAAAGAAACAGGACUAAGCCUUGGUUUUGCUCUCCUUCUUGCUCACAAAGUUGACUUGUGCAUAGACAUUCUGCUGAUGCUGAAAGGAGCUGAAACGAACAGGAUUACUCGGAGUUGGUAUUAUGCUCUUUGUCUGGAACUAGUCCUAAAUGGUGGUGGGUUUCAUUUACGAGCUGUUCAAAAUUCUGGUCCUGAACAAUUCCACAGCUGUCUGACAUAUUCAACAAACCUGUUUAAGAAUGUAGAUGCAGUUAGAGGUGAAUGUCCCAGUAGAUACCACCUGGCUAUGUGCAUGGCUAUGUAUUAUUGUCGACGCAAAAACUGGAAGGCAUGUCAAAGAUGGUUUGAUUACUGGGAAUUGUACAGGACUACGGAGAUAUCUUUCUUCCCCCUGUACACCAUAUGUAAAGAGGUGGAGAUCAAACUACUGUCUUUAUCUGCAACUCAUAGUAACCCUAACAAGGGCCAGAAAUCAGUGAAAGCAAGUAUCCACAAGGACCUUGAUUUCUUGAUGAGAAGUGGGGCUACUAUUCAAGGUCUGAAGCCACGGGUUUUACACCUAAAGUCUUACUACUGUGCCUUGUGUCACAAGCCAGGAAAAGCUAUGAAGAACUUAUCAAGAGCAAGCACGAUCGCUUGGAAUCAAGGCAACCAAUCAGAAUGGCGAUGGAUCGAACACCACAAGCAAGCGUGGUUCAAUACCUCAAAUGAGUUCAGGCAACAGAAAGAAAUUUCCGGACAAUACCUCAGGUUCUGGGGACCACAGAGAGGCAACCUAUUCACAUGGCCCGCUGGAAUAAAUGGUUGUUUAUCAUGA